UUCAUAAACGUUAAAAAUCAUUCUUUUAAUUUUGUCUUAUAGUUUAACAUUUUGUACAGUUCAUAGAACAGAACAAUGUUCUUUAAGUUCUCUAUUUUAUUACUAUAUAUUAUCUUAGUUGUUAAUACAGUACUAGGAGAUACUGACGACGAAAAUGAGGCUUCUACUAGUUAUACUGAACCGGACGAAAUUUUUGAAGAUAAGCACGUCAUCUUAGUGGAAGAUCCACUAAGAGAUGCUGAAGAUGAAAUUCUAAGAGAUUCGUUCAAUGACUGUAGAAAAUGGCUGAGUAGAUCUCUAAAUAGUACUAUUUCAAAAAGUGAGUUAUGGUUGUAUUUGGGAAAAAACCGGAGCGAUUAUUAUAGAUUAGACGAUUACUUUAUCAACAAUCCAGGUGUAUACCAAGGUCCUAUAGAUUUAAACCGAUAUAGUGAACUUUUUAAAUACAUAUGCAGCAAACGUGGUGUUACUGUAAAAGAAUGGGUGGCAAAUAGGAAAAAUAAAGCGGCAUCGAGGACAUUCCAUGAGGUUACUUUGUUACCUCGAGGAGAUCAUGAUUAGCUAGUCGAAAAUAAAGGUUAUCAAAAGAAAAAAUGUUAAAAAAUUAAAAACCAACUAUAAUCAAAUUUGUAAUUCGAAAAGAAGCAAAUUUGAGCAACUCUCCAGUAUAACAUUAUUAAGUGCACACACAGAUGUAAAGAAAAAUUAACAUUACAACAUACAUAU